GUGUAGAGUUGCAAGUGAAGCUGGUGAAAAUUUGGUAAGUGCUGGUGAAACUGGUCAAAAUAAAUAUAAUAGUCCAUACGAAACUCGGUUUAAACUGGCAAAACUCAAAAUUAGUUUCACUUGCAACUCUAAUAAG